UUGUCAGAAAAGAGCAAAGUCCAUUCUGCUCUUGUUAGUGCUGGAAAAGAUUCUGCUACUUCACGAAUUUCCCAGUCAAAUGUAGUUUCGACUUCUGCAGUAACUACUAGCGCCGCAUCGCAGUCUUACACGGCCCUCCAAACGCCAGUAUAUUCUAACGAUCUCGGACUUGAUUCUGGAUCCAGAGUUGGUAGUUCAAAUAUUGUCAGCCCCUUAGCCCCCAGUGUGCCACCACGCAUAGGCGUCGGAGCUCCUUCAUCUCCACAAGGUGCUACAUCGGCCCAAUCUACUGUCCUGACAACUCAAUCGCUUCUUGCUAAUUCGGGUGGAAUUGCCGGUGGAGGAUCUGCCUCUGCCGUCACAAUUACAACAGGCCGUGCUUCAAUGGGCAUGGGGCCUCCGAUUUCAGGAAUAGGUGUUAACACUGCAUCUUCUUAUAACAACAGCACAACGACUAUUUCAGCUUCGUUAUGCAGCACCCCAGGAAUUGUUUAUUCUACGGCCGGUAGCGGCACUAUCUGGCCACCUGGAGUAAGUAUUUCGGUGCCGGCUCCAGUGGCGCGAGCGGACCAGCUGGCUGCAGCCUGGAUCUGCCCUGACGCUUUGAUUACCGUAAGCCCUAACAGACCUGAAGUGAACUCACUCAUUCAGCUGCUUGGAGCUUGGCUAUUUGAGGCAGCAAUGGCAGGCGUAAAUCAGGAAGUGGACACACAAGUAGGUUUUACCUAA